GCGCAGUUCAAAAAGCAUCGGGAAGGUUCCCUGUUGCCGGCUCGGCUCGCUUUGUCUGGAAAGAAAUUCCUGCCUGAGGUGCUGCCCAUUUUCUCUGCUGUCUCCUGCUCUUGUCCGUUCCAGCAUUGAGCAUGGUAAAGAAGAAUACUAUCCCUGAUGGAUGGAGGAACAUAUCACCAGUUGGACAACCUAUACCAGGAACUCGAUUCAUUGCUUUUAAAGUACCCUUGAAAGGGGCAAUCAAUCAUCGACUUACACCAACUCAGAAGUUUACACCAAAAGAUCUGAUUUCUGCAGUGAAAGUUCUCAAUAUGGAGCUUGGUUUAAUUAUUGAUUUAACAUAUACAACAAGAUACUAUGAUGUUAAGGAUUUGCCCAAAAGUAUGGAGUAUAAGAAACUUUUUACUGUAGGUCUUGAAGUCCCAGAUGAUCCUACUAUUCUACAAUUCAAAAAAUGGGUCAGAAAAUUCCUGUGGGAAAAUGCAGACAACGAGAAACUCAUUGGAGUACACUGUACUAAUGGAAUUAAUAGAACAGGUUACCUGAUAUGCAGAUAUCUUAUUGAUGUUGAAGGUUGGGAUCCAGAAACAGCAAUCCAAGCUUUUGGAGAAGCACGUGGCCACCAUAUGGAUGGUAAUAUAUAUCUGACAGAUCUUAAAACUCAGCCAAUGAGAAGCAAUCUGGGGAUGAAUAUGUGGGAUGCUGAUGGAGAUAUUGUGCCACCACCAAACGAUAUAGAGGGACAUAUUGAUCGAUUUCCAAAUGAAGAAUAUCCUAGGCCUGGUAAAAGAUUAAGAGUUUAUGAUGAUGGCCACAAUGACUUACCGGAAGAGAUCCGAUUGAGAGAGUUUGAUUUUAUUAAUAAGGGUCCUGGGCAACGUCGAAAACCAUAUCAUGAUCACCAGUUUCAAGAUGACAUGCAGCCACUGCCACAAAUGAGACAAAGGCAUUUCCCUGACCACCAGUUUCAUGAUGACUACCAGGAAGAAAUGCAGAUUAAAGAUUUAAACUUUCCUACAAGAAGACCGGGACACAGAUUUCAACCUUUCCAAGACCGCCAGCUUGGUGAUGACUUUCCAGGAAAUGUAUCAGCUGCAGACGUUGUUAAUAUGGGCCAUAGUCAGAGGCAAAGACCUUUUCCUGACACUCCUUGUUAUAACCAUAGACAGAUAGAUACCCAGCUCAGCAGAGGCCAAGGACAAAGACGAAGACCAUUUUACAAUCGACAGUCUAGUGAUGAUUUUCAGUCACCUGUGCAGGACAAAAAUCAAUUGUUCCUGAAUAAGAGACCUGUGGAAAGAAUGAGACUGUUUCCUAAUUGUACUGUUCAUGAUGAUGUUCAACCACCAGUGGGAGAUUUUGAGUAUGUUAGCAGAGGGCAUGGACAAAGAAUGGUACCUUUCCUUGACCAGCAGCAUCACAGUGAAUUACGAAGAAAAAUGCCAUUAGAAAAUUUUGAUGAUGAAGAUUCUGAAAGAAGAAGUAGACCAUUCCAUGAUAAUCAAUCAUACUGUGAUUUUAGUGAAAAGUCACAGAUGAAAGAUUUCCAAAACAGGGGACCUGAACAAAGGUUGAAUUCUUUUAAUGACCAUUCAUCUCAUGCUAAUGAGCCAUAUGAGGAGUAUUCUGAAAGAGGCCGUUUUUCUUCCCAUGAGUACUAUGCAGAGUCUCCCUUACUUCAGAGAGAUUAUGGCUCUGAUAAUGAUGAUUAUAGUAGAACUUGCAGAUCUGAUUACCCUGAAGAUCACAGAACAAUCCAUCCUUCAGAUAUAAUUAACAGAGGAAGAAAAACUAGAUUUGCACCAUAUUCCUCUUACCCAACCGUUCCCUCUUCAUCUUCACAUCAGGAACAUUCAGUCUCAUUGCACAGUGGAAGGGAACAUCAGCGUGAAAUUAAGAGAGAGAUGAGCCAGGGAAAAAGAUUGCCAGUUGUAACAAUUGAUUAUAAUUAUGGCUUGCCUUUAGACUAUACUUCUGAGGAGGACGAUCGAGCUCAUUAUGAUUUACAUGCAACAGAACACUACAUUUUGAAAUGAAUUGGAUUUGUAUGUGCAUGCAUUAUUUUAUCAUAUUCCUGUAUAUGGACCAAAUUUCUUCUCAAGCUGGAGAACUUCAUUGUCACUCAACAUUACAAAUAGUAUCUGUAACAAGUCUAGUUCUCUUUUUUCACAUUUAGAUGAUAAAUACAUUGGUUAAGUAUAUGUGGAAACAAAUGCCUGAUAUAUGUAAAAUAAAACUAGUUUCUCAUUAAUGAGACUGAACAACCCUAAGGCAUGACACCAACUGUUCUCCCUGCUUUCCUCAAUUUGAAAUGUAUAAACUGUGUCAGCUGACAUGUAAUAAAGCAAUUGGAUUACUGAUUUUGGUAGAAUGUUAUAAAAUAAAGUAGGAUUUGAAAGGAAUGUAACAAUACAUAAAUAUUUAACGGAUUAGUUAUGGUAAUGUGGCUAAUUCAUUUGAUAAUAGUAAUUUGGAUUUUUCAAUAUUUCAUUUGAAAAGUAUGAGUGUAAAUAUUGUUUCAGAAAGAAACCUGUCACAUUAGAAAAAGACAAUAAACUUGAGGGUUUGUGUUCGAUUA